AUGUCUGUUUUCCCUCGGCACGGCGGCAUGGACAUGGACAUGGGCUCCGGCUCCGACUCCGGCUCGGGAUUAAUGAUGAUGGCCAUGGUCUUCCAAACAAACACCGCAACUCCUCUGUACGCAAACUCGUGGACGCCCCGAAACGCAGGCGCCUACGCCGGAACCUGCAUCUUUCUCGUUGUGCUUGCCAUCAUCGGCCGCCUCCUGCUUGCUGCGAGAAGCAUCCAGGAAGCGAGAUGGCUCGCCAAGGACAUGAAGCGUCGCUACGUGGCUGCCCAGGGCAAAGCCUCGCUAUCGGAUAGAAUCUCAAGCGAUUCCCUCGCCAAGCCAAUGACUUUGACGGCAAACGGUGUCGAGGAGAGCGUCAUCGUGGUAGCGCAGGCUGGGGCUGUCAAGAGACCGUGGCGAUUUAGCGUCGAUCCUCUGCGAGCUGCGCUGGACACCGUCAUAGUUGGAGUUGGAUAUCUUCUUAUGCUGGCAGUCAUGACCAUGAACGUCGGCUACUUCAUGUCUGUGCUUGCGGGCGUUUUUAUCGGCAGUCUUGCUGUCGGUCGUCAUAGUGGCGCAGGAGAGCAUUGA